AUGGGAAACCCCGCUUCAAGGCUUGGCUGCCUGGGGGAGAGGAAGAACCGCUCACACACCAGCCCCAGGACCCACACCAGCCCCAGGACCCAAGAGGAUCUCUCUCCAUCCACAGCUCCUCAGGGCCCACUUCCACCAGGGAUCCCCUGGGCCUGGUGGGGCUCCCGUGCUGUCCAGGUGACAGAGGUCACAGAGACAGUGGUGAUAGAGACAGUGGUGACAGAGGCCGUGGAGAUGGGGCCCCGCAGUCAAAGAAGGCAGCCAGCCCAGGCACCCCUAGCCCCCCUGGGCACACUGUGCAGCUGGCUGGAUGGUAUGGAGGAACUGCAGGCCUCACAGGGACCCCUGGCUGCUGACGCCACUUUGGCUGCAUCCCAGCUGCGGGAACAGGAGCUGCUCCUGCGUCUACUGAGGGAGCGUGCACCACACGUGGAGCCAAGAUUACAAGAGGCUGGGAGCCCAGCAGAGCUGUGCACACAGUGGCACCGCCUGGUACAGCAGGCAGAAACCAGGUGGAGACUCCUGGAGCAGCUGGUCCCGGCGGCCCAGAGUUUUGAAGCGGCCUGCAAGGCUCUGCUGGUACAGCUGAACCCAAGUGAACAGCUCCUGGCUGAGCUACUGCUGGGGCCCAAGUCCUCUGAGGAAUCUUUACCGUACUCCCAGGAGGUGUACAAAGGGGUUGGGGUACGUGCCAAGGACCUGGAAAGGGUUUUAGAGACAGGAAGGAGGCUGACAGAGCUCCUCACAAGCGACCAAGCUCAGCUGGUGCGACAGCAGCUGGAUCACUUUCAGGAGCGUGUGAGGCUGACUGAGUCACAAGUCGCCUGUGCCCAACAGAAGCUGCUGUAUGCUCAAAGGACAGCGUCCUCCAGGGCCUCACCACCAGCAGGCUCGGAGGCCCAGCUUGGACUGGAGGGGUCUGCCUCAGCACACCCAGGGCUCAAGGAUCAGAAGCAGCUGAGCAUCCAGCUGGCCCAGCUAGCAGAGCGGCUUGAACAGCUGGCACAGUGGGCAGAGACUUCUAGUCAUGCAGCGGCACCCACAGUGACCAUCUGGGAUCAGAGCCCCUCAUCAGCUGUUCUUCAGGCAGACACAAAGCCCCUGGAGGGGCACUGGUUAGAGAUUCGAGAGCAAGACACUGGGCUGAAGGCCAUAUGGGAGCCAGCUGCGCAGAUCUUGUGUGGCCUCAAGGAGCAGGCAGCCAUGAAGGAGCUGAGGCUGGAGGAUGACUGGAACCUAACCUCGCAGGAGUUCCUAUGGGGACAGCAAACCCUGGUGGUGUCAUGGCUAAGGAGGAGAGGAGACACUGCCUAUGGGAGCACCUGCCACUUGGGCCUGCUGCUGGAGCUGCUGGGCUGCCAGGCUGCCGUGUCUAGCCCUUCCUGUGAGAGGAUGCACACCCUGGAAGGAAUGUUGCUGCUUGUGGGCCACCUUGUAGAGAGACUGGUCUCGUACUCCUGUAGGCUGAGCCAGGCUGAACCCUCGGGGACCAAGGUGCUACAAGCCCAGAACUGGCCUCUGGAGGAGUUGCCUGGGGCCCUGAGCCUAAAGUGCUGGACUCAAGCCCCAAGGGAGGUACUGACACUGAGGAGUCUUGACCAGGAGUCGCCUGGGGAUCUGAGAAGUAGAGCUAAGGCUUCCUUCCUGGGGCAGAUUUCAGAACAGAGCUGGAGGCCUUGGUGGGCAGACGUCAUCACGGAGAGUUGGAGUCGGAGGAAGCCAGAGCAUAGCAAGAGGAACAAAGAGAAAAGGGACCAGUGGGUACAGGUGGAACAGGGUCACCAGGGACAGGACCUUGUGGACAGCUUCCUGGCAACUGGGCAGCAGGGCAGGGAUGAACAAGGUUGGCCUGGCUAUACCUGGGGGAAAUGUGGGCCUGACCACAAGCGCCCCACCGUGUUGGAGCGAGAGCUCCCCAGUGGCCAGAAACAGCCACACAGCAUGGUCAGAACAAGGAACACGGAAGGGACAAGUGUGUCAGUGGCCAGAGGCAGGCUCAAGGUCCAAGGAGCCUUGAUGGCAAGAGGAGCCCUGAUGGUCCGUGUUGGAGGUGGCUGGGCAGCUCUGGAUGAAUUUCUGGUCAAAAAUGACCCUGUCAGAGCAAAGGGGAGGACCAGCCAGAAGAUCCACGAGAGGUUCCUAUGCUGGACUCCUAGCAUGCCAGCCCCUGACGUGCUCACCCUGAGGCUCUGGACCUCUAUCCGAAUGGGUUCCAGCAGACCCCCGCCUCAGAAGACAGGGCUGCCAACUGGCAAAGAACACCGAGAUCCCGGUGCCUACAGGGUCAAAACCUUGGAGCAGCCCACUGAUGAAAAACCCUGA